CGCACAGACACACAGGAAUCAUGGAGAAACGAGCACUCUUCAGGAGGACUUCGCCAUCUAACGGACUGCGACUAGUCACCUCACUCCUCACCUUUUACGGAUUUGCUUCAGGUGUGAGCAGCAACCAGGUGAUUGUUCCUGAGAAAGUGAAUGCAGUGCUGGGGAAGAACAUCACACUGGGCUGCAGAAUAGAGGUGGGCUCCAACCUGACACAGAGCUCCUGGGAACGGCGUCUUCCUUCAGGCACCAUCACCUUGGCAGUGUUCAACCCCGAGUUCGGGACCUCCUUCUCUCCGGACUACAUCAAGCGCAUCUCGUUUGUUUCCCCUUCUGUACGAGACGCUACCAUUACCAUUGAAGGGGCUGGCUUUGCAGAUGUCGGGUCCUACACCUGCAAAGUGGUAACAUUUCCUCUGGGCAAUACACAAGCAUCAACCUAUGUUAAUGUGUUAGUGGAGCCAAAGGUCUAUGUGUCCGCCGGCCCCAUGGCUCUGCUGGAUGGUGGGAACGAGUCACUGGUGGCGACCUGCAUCGCCGAGCGGGGCCGUCCCGCCGCGGAGGUUUUCUGGGAGACGGAGCUGUAUGGACGGAGUGAGAAGCAAAGUCAGGACGAGCCCAACGGCACCACCUCUGUACACGUGCACUACAUGUGGCAACCGCAGAGCUACGCCCUGGGGAAGAAGCUCACCUGUGUGGUGCGCCACCCGACCCUGCUUACAGAGUUCCGCAUACCGUACAUACUAAACGUUCAGUUUGCACCAGUGGUAUCGAUUUUGGGAAUUGACAAAAAUUGGUUCGUGGGUCAAGAGAAUGUAAAGUUCAACUGUGGCGCCAAAGCCAACCCGCCUGCUCGCCACUUCACAUGGACCAGGUUGGAUGGAUUGAUGCCCGAGGGUGUUGAGCAAUCAAACAAUAGCUUUGCUUUCACUCGCCCGUUGGAGCGCAACGACUCUGGAGUGUACCGCUGCGAAGUGAUAAACGACAUUGGUCUCCGCACUCAAGACGUAAACCUCUGGGUACAAGAUCCUCCCCCGACCACGGCCGCCCCGAGCACCACUGCAUCCGUCCUCCGCGACACCUCUGGCCCGGGCACCGCUGCGGACCAGCAGAGAGGAGCCCUGUUCACAUCCCCGACCCUGGCCUCCGUGCACGACGGCAGCCUGGGUACCAUAGUCGGUGGGGUUGUGGGCGGAGUUUUAUUCCUGAUCCUCUUGCUGGUCCUCGGCGGGGCCUGCUUCAUGCGACAGCGCAGGACCUUCAGGGGGGACUACUACACCAAACAGUACCUGGGACCCUCCGACAUGCAGAAGGAGUCUCAGCUGGACGUGCUGCAGCCGCAUGAGCUGCAGGAGGUCUACGGGGACAAGACGAGCAAGGGCAGCCAGGAGCUGAAACCCAAACUGGGCGGAGACAUCAUCUACCCCGACUACACCCCUGACCACAAGGAGAGGGAUGACUGGGCUGACAAGGGGGACGCCCACAGGGGCCUCAAGGAGGGAAACUACUACCCAGAUAACUACAACACCCAGAACGUGCACCCCUGCGGGCCUCCUGUUCACAGCCCCGCCGUGAACAACGGCUCCCCCUGCCUCCCGGAGGACUGCUAUGACAAUGGUACAGACGGCGACUACGUCUCCCACAUGGACGGAUCUGUGAUCUCACGCAGGGAGUGGUAUGUUUGAGGAGCCGAGGGGGGAAGAAAACGGACAAACGAACCGACUGACUGCGAAUGAUUUAACAACCGACGGAUAUAAAUAUCAUUAAAGGCGUCAUUUCACUUAACGGGUGAAUUCGAUUUCUCAGCUCCGUUUCACAACGAGCUCUUUGAACAAUACUGCUCUGCCUUGAUUGUAACCACUUAACCUUAAGGACUUGUUCGUGGAUUGUAUUACACUUUUGUGGCAUUUCAAGGAACUACAAAUGAUCUGCAACGCCUCGGGGAUGAUAUCUGUAGGCUUAAGAGGCUUUGGCAUACAGUGAAGUUUCAACUGAUGUGAAUGAGGUUUUGUAUUCUGCUUGUUUGUGUUUGCACCUGUCGUUAACACAGGUCAAAGGUCAGGUUUUCCGCUUCUUGAUAGUGAAGUAUUUAUAUCCCUGAGCUCUACUCCCAUAAAACCUCACGACUUCUGUGGUAUUUCCCAAAUGCUCUUUUGAUUUACUUUCAGCGUUUUCAAACUGUUGAGAUGUUUCUCAUGGCUGCAGCCAGUAUUUAAAGCAAAUGAUAUUGCAUGCGUUUUCUAAAAGCAUCUAGUUUAAAGGGAAGGUUUGUUGUUCACAUGAUUUAAAAGGGAAAAUCACAGUCAUUGUUCUGAGGGGAAAGCAAACGGACUGACACUAGAACACGACAGACAAAUCCCUGUAACCCUUUGGUUAAGUUCUGUGGCUUUUGCCAUCUCACGGUAUCUUCUGUAAAUUGUUCCUGCAAUGGUCCACCUGUUACCUGACAGAGAGGGAGGCCUGUGAAGUACUCACAGACAGGAAAGCAGACGAUGGCUGUCUUGUUUUGAAUCCGCUUUUUUUUUUUAAUGAAUAACCUCGGUCAGCGCUAAUUGUGAGAAAUACUUUUUAGUUUCCUGCGGGUGCUUCACAAGGAGAGUUUCCCAUGCUGGAUGACACGCAUGAGCUGUUUUCUCUGAGUCCUUAUUGUCUAGUGUGGGAAUGGCGAACCCUGCCACCACCAAUACAAACUACAGCGAGAUCAUUACUGCAGAAAAAAAUGCUGAUCAUAAAUGCUCUUAAAAAUGGGGUUGGAUGUCAUGAAAGUCUUAAGGAUUACAACGUUAACCAAAUACAAUACUGUCAUUAGCCUGUUGAAAUGUGUGAACUCAGUCACUUUCUUGCAGUGAAAAAGCACAACUCCAUUAUUCCAGUCGUCGGUGAUCAUCAAAGAGAGCCUACCAGGCUUUCGCCCUCUCCACUUAGCCAUGAUAACAGGCUGCAUCGCUGUCUUUUCCAUUUUCCCUCCUUUAUCGUCUGAUUUCUGUCUGCACACAAACAUCAAUUGGUCAUUACGGGUUUUAUUUUAAACGUUGGAUCAAAGCGGAGUUAUAAAUACCAGAUGUGACCAUCACAGCUGUCAUCAUCUGACGUUAUGUGGCUCCAGAAACCACCAACAGUUUCACUGCUACCCCCCCCCCCCCCCCGCGACCCCGCCACCCCAGAUUCAUGACGAUAUAUAUAAGCAUAAUAUUUUUUGGGGGGUGAAGAAAGUCAGGCAGUGUAGAAAAAAUAGCACUAAUAAACUGGUGCUUCAGCUUUAUUAAGUAAGUGAUUGAUGUAUGAUUGCGUAAAUACCUCCCAGCCCAGUUGGACUGGUUGCGUGCGGCUGACAUCACGACUGAUCACAGGACCGGCGCUAAUGUUGGGGUUUGGCUGCUCAGCCCCUCGGCGGAUAUACAGCGAUCAUGGAAACCAGAAAUUUAAUCCACGAGUGAAAAAAUUGGUGGAAGAACCAUCUCGGUUUGAGCUGUAAUGCCUCCCAGAGCGAUGCUUCUUUUUUCUUUUUGUUCCUAUAAGCAACAAACCCAGUGACGUUCAGUUGAAACAAAAGAGUCGACCUCAUGAAUGAUCUCAUCUCUCGCUGCUUCAUUUGACCUUCCACUUCUUUUUGUUUCUUUUUUUUGUUGUUUCCUCAGGUGAUCAAAGUGGCUUCACAUGGAUGCUGAAUGUCACCGUUUUUGGAAAUAUCCCUCUUUGUGACAGAAACAUAUUCUUUUAUCAGGACCUGGGGGGGAGGGUUAUAGAUUGUGGGCGUUCCAUGCCAGGGCUUUGGUCGAAAGGAUUAGAUGUCUGAGAAUAAACUACUUUAAUCUCACUCUCGUCGUCGCACACACGCACCAAUCCACCACACAUCUGCCUCUGCAGCCCACAUUCGAAAAGCAGUCCGCGCCUCAAACCUUCAGCUUUUUAAUUAACUUUGUAUUUCUUUUUUCCUCUCUCUCUCGUACUUGGCAACCAAAGUGCAUAAACUCUGUCUGCAUGCACACAUUUGUUUUUUUAUAUAUGUAAGGCGGAUUCCUAGCUGUCAACCUGUUUCCUAUUUUGGGAAAGGCACUCCAUGCAAACUGCCUUUCUCUGCUCUAAAAGUUAUCUUUUUCCUUCAGCAUCUGUUCAUCUCAAAAGACGGUUUGAGCUGAAGUCAUUAAUGUUAUUCUUUCUUUUCCUUUUCUUUUUAUUCUGUUGGAUCACUCAACUGGUUGCAUGUAAACUAAGUUAUUUGCUCCCUACUACGUUCAUUAUCUCUCAUAACGAAUGUUUUGAACAUGUACAUAAUGCUAAUAGGGUAGCGUAGGAUUAGCAGUUUGAUUUAUAUGCUCAUGUACAGUUUGUUCUGGACUCCCCUACUGAAUAGUUGGUGCCUUAGAUGGGCUGAGCAAUGCACAGAAGCUUUGAAAAACAACAAGCAUUAAUAUAAAGGAUAUGAAUAUCGUCAAAGAGGAGGACUGACUGGUCUGUUACGAUAUCGUACAUCUUGAUAUUUAAGAUUUGCUGUUAUCAGAAUAGACAAAAGGUUGAUUGUCAUGCCUUAUACGCUUUAAAAGGACACAUGUAACAAGUUGGUUACUGAGUAAUAAGUAAAGUUUCACUGGGAAUUUAGACAAGCCAGAUUCAAAGAAAAUAUUGUUAUCCUGUAAAUAUGCUGGCUAUUUUACUUUUUAUUAUGAUUAUUGAAGAAAAAAAACUUAUUUUUUGUAAGCGGUCUAAUUUUUCCAGAGCAUUAGUUUAUCUUAUGUGCGUUGGAGAAGUGCACAUCUCAUGAUGCUGUAGUGGGUGAGCCUGUUUUCAUUGCAUUUUAUAUUUGUUCUCGAGAGUUUCCGACCAAUUAUUUUGUAUGUUUGAAUGAUUGAUGUCUCACUGGAAUCAGAGGUGAAAGUGUGAUUGUAGAUUGUAUUACGUUUUUUUGUUUGCAAUAAAGAAAACAUUAUUAUUGCACUCAAA